AUUCAGGUACACUUACCAAACAGAAACCGAGGUAUGAAUUGAACCCUGACUUCUGUGUACCGUUCCACCCCUAAUAUAUAUAUAUAUAUAUAUAUAUAUAUAUAUCCAAAUUUGAUGUGAUAAGUCUCUUUUAUUGUCUUGAUCUCCAUGUAGCCUCACAGAUUUUUUUAUGCACAGAGGGUUCACCCCAACAAACUGUCUAAAUACACCGACUUGAUAGAGAACCACAGAAAGCGCAAGUCCUCCUCUUCCAGUGAUACUUCUGUGAAAAAUGCAAAAAUCACAGCCUUCUCUGCCCCAGGGCGGGUAACACAAGCAACGCUUGACAAGAUGGUGCUAAAUUUUGUAUGUGAGGCCAACCAACCAUUUUCUGUGGUUGAGACACCAUCCUUCAAGACUUUGAUAGAAACCUUGCAACCUCAUACAGUAAUGACAAGGAAAACAUUAUGCACAAGAAUACAAGAAGCUGCAAAACACAAGAAGAGCAUACUCAUCAAAAAACUGAGUGCGGUGAACUAUGUUGCUACCACAACAGACUGCUGGUCUGCCAGACAACGUAGCUACUUAGGUGUCACCUGUCACUGGAUAGACAACACCUCACUGGAGAGGCACUCCGCUGCGUUAGCUUGUAGAAGGCUCAAAGGCUCGCACACGUUUGACGUCCUUGCUGCUGCAUUAGAGGAAAUAAAUUCAGAGUACCACAUCAGGGAAAAAGUGACCAGGACGACAACAGACAGUGGCUCAAAUUUCCUAAAGGCCUUUCGAUUAUAUGGUGAGGAGAUAGAGGAGGAAGCCACCAAUGAGCAAGAGGAAAGUGACUCCACCCUUGAUGAUGCAACAGAAGAUCAGAGUGAGUCAGAGGUGGAGUAUCAAGAUGUGUCUGCUAUUCUGGAUGACAAUACAGGCCUUGAGUACCAACUUCCAAGGCAUCAAAAGUGUGCAUGCCAUCUCCUCAAUCUUAUAUCCACAGUUGAUGCCACUGCUGCAGGAGGAGCUGCAAACGAAACCUACAAGAAGCUCUCUCGGUCUGCUUUUGCAAAAUGUCAUGCUCUCUGGAAUAAAACCAUCAGGUCAACCAUGGCUCAUGAAACAGUGGAACGAGAAUGCAAGCUGCAGUUUCUCCGACCGAAUCAGACACGCUGGAGCUCCCUGUUCCUCGCUGUAGAAAGGAUUGUGCGCAUUCACCGAGAGCAAGGAGAACAAGCAAUUCGCAAUGUUUGCACAGCAUUAAAGAUAAAGAUGUUCAAUCCAGCUGAAAUGGGGUUUUUGGUCGAGUAUGCUGCUGUGAUGAAGCCUGCUGCCAUGGCCCUUAAUAUCCUCCAAGGGGAAUCAUCUGCGCAUAUGGGCCUCCUGUUGCCAACACUUUACCAGUUGCGGGAGAAGCUAAAGAGGUUGGAAUCAUCUUGUAAAAUGUGUACAUCUCUUGUUCACACCCUGCAGCAAGGGAUCCAGAAACGUUUUGGAGACGUCAUGAAAGAGCCUGAGCUGAUUGCAGCAGCAAUACUCCUACCAAGAUUCAGAACAUCCUGGACCACAGAGGAGAACAUCUAUAAUGCUGGCCUUGAUUACAUCAGAAAUCACCUCGACACCGACUUGGAUGAUAUCACCAGCACAAACAGCAGCCUCUCUGAUGAAGACGACUUCUUUGCAUCCAUGGAGUUGGGAAAAUCACAAGUAGGAGAGCUGGAGAGGUACCUUUCAUGUAUGUCCCCUGCAGGUAUGGAUCUACUCCACUCCUUUCCUCACAUCAAGAAGCUGUCACUCAAACUCAACACAGGUCUUCCUGCAUCUGCAGCCUGUGAGAGACUUUUCAGUCAUGCAGGACUCCUGUUCACUGCUAAACGAUCACAGCUUCACAGCAAGAACCUUGAGAGCCAACUACUGUUGAAGCUUAAUAGUGACAUCACUGAGUAAUUCUUUUGUGAAGUUGUUUGUUUCUGCAUGUUUUGAUACACACACACACACACACACACACACAUACUC